AUGACUUGGCAAAGCGUAGCAGUCACCACGUUCAUCAUCGUAACAGCAGCAGCAGUAGCAGACGCAUUAGGGUCCACCACUGACCUUCGUCUGCAUCGACCUGACCCUCUUCAGCCGCUUGUUGACCCCCGACGUCAAACCACAUCCCAAUCGCCCGACGCGGUCGCAAACGUCCGGCCGCCCGUGUCGUAUGCUGCGCUCGUGGACACAUUGUCCGAAGCGCGAGCGCUCUUUGGCCGCAGCGCCCCAUCGCCUUCGCGUAUGCCGUUGUCGCCCAUUGACUCGUCGGCCGACGUCGUGGUCAAAGUCACGCCCAGUGCGUCGGCCAACGCCUCUGCGCUGCUCACUGACGUCGCGUCUGGUGCGUCGUAUGCAUUAGCGACGCCACUCAGUGCCUCGAGCUCAGUCGUACGUACGUACCGCAAUUGGGUCGGUCCUCGUCACGUGCAGGGCGACUCGGCCUGUUGGCGCGAAGCCCACGUCGUGCACGACGUGUGUCCCUCGGGCUUUCACCGCAACAACCUGACGUACACGUGUUGGGCCGAGUGUCCGCUCGAGUUCCCCAUCCCGUGCGGCUUCGAGUGCAUCCGGCAGAACGACGACUGCGGCCGCGAAGUGUUUUACAAACUCGGCUCGCUCGUCAACGUCGGCCUCAAUGGCAUCAUGGACAACUGGUUCGGCAAGUUCCGCGCCAUGAGCCACGCCAUCCGCACGGCCACCAUGUGCGCCUGUAUGGUCCUGGGCGAAGUCCGCGCGAUUUUGCGCUACGUGCGGAGCAUCAAAGCUGCGGACCCACAGACGUCGCGCGAGCGACUCUUGACGCUCUUGUUCCAGUCGAAUGCAGUGGUCGUUGAGCUCCCAAUUACGAUCAAACUCUGCAUGGGCGGCACCGCGACGAGCAAGUGGUGGCUCGCCGACCGCAUUCUCGCGUCGACGCAGUACCUCUUGUCGCAGAUCUUGGCCCACGGAGACUACUUGGUCACGAGCUUCGACCGGUUCAAUGCCUUCCUCCGAGGAGCCAACUUUACCGUCUUGCCCGAGAUGAUGACGGACGGCGAGAUCCAGUACCUAAAGCACGCGCUCGCGUCCAACUCGACCUGUGGCCACGACCUGCAGGGCCUCGUGGAACGCGCGUGGCUGACGAUUGAGGCGCUGCGGGAAGCGCACCCGAACAUCUCCAACGAUGAGCUGCGCGUGCAGGUGCACAACACGGAGCUCGCGCAGACGGACAUUGCGCGCGUCACGAGCAACUGCAUGGAACUAUUGGUGCAGCAGUCGGACGAGCGGACGGCAUAUGCGACGCGGGACACGCUCCGCAAGACGUUUGGCGUGAUCUUUAACGACCUCAUUACCACUGGCGUGAGCAACAACGGCUCGUCCUACAAGGCCAGCGCGUACACGUACCAGUGGCUGAACCAGGGCCUCAACUUUUGGGUCUCGAGCGGCUUUGACAUGAGCGGCAUCUCCAGUAUGAUCUCCGAGUACUUCCAGUCCAUCUGCGGGCCGACGCAGUUCAUUGGCGAAGUCGACGACGGUACGCAUCCCGACACACUCGGGCUCAAUGUGAUCCAAAAAGCUUUCAAGAACACGACUUUAUCGUGGACCAGGAGAGGCGACGGCCACGUUGUCCUCACGUUCACGAGCCACGACAUUGAAAACGUGACGGUCAACAUCAGGUCUGGCGGCGACAAAAUCGACGAAGUCAAAGUCGCGGCCGGCAAACGAGCGACGUGGCAGGCCACCGUAUCGACACUCGGUGGCAAGACGCUCUAUUUGGACCGAUGGCGUCCAGGGUUUCUCGGUCUGCCAGGCACUGGCGGCGGCUCGUUGAUGCUGUGGAUACCCCAUGCAGCUGAAGGAGGUCACUUGGAUCUGAAUGUGCAAUUAAACGUGAGUUAG